GAAAAAGAUUCAAAGAAACAGACUUAUGAGUCCUGAUCAUCUGAGGGAAAUAAAACCAAUUUUGAAUGUAUCAUACACAAAUCUAAGGAAGGCUACUUCGCCGAAAAUAGAGGCUAAGAGCUUUGACUCUAGAGAGACUUCAAAGAAAGAUAGCAAAAAUCUUAAAGUCAGGAUAUCCUCUAAAAAUGGUGAAAUGAGUUUGCUUGAUGAAAAAGAGAUUGAGAAAGCAAGAGAUUCGUUAAUUGAUAAAAGAAAAGAGCUCAGAACUACUUCUCAUUCGUUCAUCGGAUUGACAAAUAAUAAAAAUUAUCAACAGAGAAGCAAGCAAAUUUUAUGGACAGGCAAUGUACCUUCACAGAUACAUCAUCGAAAUUCUCAAAAACUGUUGGAUAAGCAGUUCGAUAGAACAUUGACUGAAAACUUAGGAAGGUCAUUCUCAAAACCAAAAAUCAAGAGCAGAGUUGGUUUUGAAUAUCGAUCCAAAAAGCCGACCCUCUCAUGAUCCAAAAGCCUUAUUAAAAAUGCUCCACAGAAGGCUGGAUUUAACUUUGACCCAGAAAAUACAAGGAAUUGUAUAUCUCCUUCUCCAAGUGAUCCUGCAAGAGUAAAUUUGAAAUCUUCAUCUACUGGAGCAUUUUCAACUCAGAAAAACUUCUUUCGGACUUCUCAUAGUCAAAAGCUUACAAGGAGACUUCAAUAUGAGAUUUCAAGGAUCGAAGAAUUCCUCGAUUCAGUUGACUUAGCAACAAAUGGGGGUAAUAUUGAGCAGUUACAGAAGGCUAUUUCAAAAUAUUGAGAAACAAUUGAAGACUUUUCAGAUACUAUUACAGGGUUCCAAUUUCCUCACGAAAUACCUAAGAAGUUGGGACAACCUCAAAGCAUGUCUGGUACAUUUUAUGGCGAUAAUGUAAUGAGUAAAGCUCCUGGUGUGGAAGGACUUCUCAAAAGAAUCUCGAGGGAAAUCCAAAAUUAUGCACUCAAAAUAUCAUCUAUAUCUAAAUAAAUCUGAAUCUCAGAUUACAAGGAUCACAGAAAUCUGAAAUAAGAAAUUAGAGGAAAAGAAAAUCUGACCUAAUUGAAAUGGAAGAACCUUCCUAAAGCUCGAAGAAAAUCAUGUUAGCAGAACAAGACAAUUCUUGGAUUAUGUAAAUUUAAAGAUCAACGAGAUCGAUAAUCAAAUGAGCUUGACUGGGUCUACCUAUAAAUAAGACUGAUGUCAACAUGAUUCAAGAAGGAAGAGAUCCUCCUGAUUUUAUUCUAAAAGAAAUAAUGUCUUCGUUGAUGUUUCUGAUUGAGGAAGAAAAUAUUAAGUAUUCAAGCAACGACAAGAAGUAUGUAGGAACUUCCUCAGCUAAACUAGACUCAGAGAUCUACACAACAUAUCAUGAAAAGAUUCUUGACUUGAUUAAAAGGCUAUGUCUCAAGAAAUAUUUCGAAAAGGACACAAAGGAAGUUUCUUGUCAAACUGUUAACAUGUCUAAACUUCUUGAACGAAAAGACAGGCACAUCGAGUCACAAGAACGUGCUAUCGAAAUGUACCUAAACCAGUGCUUCAAGCUAGAAGACAAAUGCAACAACCUUUACGGCGAAGUCAUGAUUCGUAGGAGGAAAGAGAAAGAAAUGAUAGAGGAAAUCCAGAGAAAAGAAGACUCACUUCAAGAAUUCAAGGAUGAGAUCUUUGGAAAGGAUAACGCAAUUAAGAUCCUCAUUGAAAGGAGAUACAAAAUGGAUAUUAUGAUAAAGAAAUUAGAAGAUGAUAUUUUCAUAAAAGAGCAGUUUCUGAAAUCACAAAGAGUUCAGCUUGAUAAAGCAAUAAAGGAGAUUUCAAGUUUGAAGGAGAAGUAUUCAGUUCAUAGUAGUUCAAAAUCUAUCACAGACUCUGAACAAAAGAACCAGCUAACUCCAGUAGAUGAUAAUGGAAAGAGAAGGAGAUUUCAGUCAUUUAACCCUUUGAACAAAAGAUCUUACAGUAGAUUAAGUGAAAACUAUUCCCAAGCUAGUGAGAGAAAUGGAGUCCGAUCGCUUGGGAAUAACUUACAAAGCGAGUCUGAUCCCAAAACUCCGAUUAAAAGAAACGAAGACCUCAAAAAAUUUUCUGAUAUAGAAGAGAAUGGAAGCUCUCAUGAAUUUGAGUCUAAAUCAUCAAUAGAGAAUAUUAGAAAGCAUAGUAAAAAGAAAUCUCAAAAAUCAAAAUCAAGGAAACAGCUGUCUAAAUAAGGAAGAUGGGUUCAAUAAGAAAAUUACAGUUAGCAGACUUGAUGAUGGCAAAAAUGAUCCAUCAAUCAAAACUUCACAGAAAGAAACUAGAAGUAAAUUUUUCAAAGGACAAAAAAGAAAUAUGGAUAUAUCAAUAGUCUUUAAGAAUCCAGAAAGAUUUGAUAAAGAAGAUGAUGAUUCUUCAAAACAAGCUUCACCUUGCUUCCCAAAACGCAAAAACAUACCUCAUAAUUCAAAUCAUCCACCCAAACCUUCAAAAAUAUCGAAAACGCCUCUCAGCAUUCUCCAAAAGCCAAAAACAUCUCAAAACCCUUCCCUUAUCCACAAAACUCGUAAGAUCUACAAAAAUCCUAAGCUACCCCUUCCAUCCCUUGAAAACCCCUCUGCAAAGGCUUUGACCCCUUCAGAACCCUUCAAUAUCUCUCAAAACUGCUCUUGCAAAGGCAUAUGUCCUCACUUGCUCCGUUCAUCAAAGAUGUCUAAGUCUAAAAACCCUCGCAAGCUACUCAAGAUUGCUCAUAAAAGAAUUGGCUCUGAUAUUGCUACCUAA